AUGGACUGGCUGUGGGAACUACGCAAUGCCCUCAACCUCUCCAGGUCUCAGUCCCAUCUGCACCACCCCACCUGCCUGCCUGCCUGCCUGCCUGGGAGAGUUGAUUCUGGGCUGGACAAGCCUGAGCAGACGUUCCUACUGUGGGCCUACUGGGUGUCAGGCCGAGGGCCACGAGUGGGCAAUGCGUGCUUGCACUCGGAGUACUGGGGAGACCUGGAAGGCUUCCUGGAGGCGGUCUGCCUCGUCUCGCGUCGUGGACGCCCGCCGGCGCAGCCCCUGUUCAAGCGCGCACUGACGGAAGCGGCGGCGGACUACGACUCCCAGCAUGCCCAGCGCCCCGCCCGCCGGCCGGGAGCGAGGCGAGGCUCGGUGAGUCAGAACCGCACAGUAAAUAUUUGUAUUAGCCGGAGCCGGCUCGCUAAUGGUGGACGCGUGAGACGGAGGAGCGAGUUGCGCGGCGCCUUGUCCGUGAACAUGGACGAGCUCAAGCACCAGGUCAUGAUCAACCAGUUCGUGCUGACGGCGGGCUGCGCGGCCGACCAGGCGAAGCAGCUCCUGCAGGCGGCCCACUGGCAGUUCGAGACGGCCCUCAGCGCCUUUUUCCAGGAGACCAACAUCCCCUACAGCCACCACCACCACCAGAUGAUGUGCACUCCCGCCAACACCCCCGCCACGCCCCCCAACUUCCCUGACGCCCUUACCAUGUUCUCCCGUCUCAAGGCCUCCGAGAGCUUCCACGGUGGGGGCAGUGGCAGCCCAAUGGCCACAGGGGCCACGUCGCCCCCGCCACACUUCCCCCACACCACCGCGGCCGGCAACUUCGCGGCGCCCAGCUGGCCGACUGCGGCCUCGCCCCCAGGGGGCACACAGCACCACCAGCCGCAGCAGCUGCCCCUGUGGACUCCAGCACCCCCCUCCCCGACUUCAGACUGGCCACCCCUGGCCCCCCAGCAGGCUGCCUCGGAACCGAGGGCCCACCCUGCCAUGGAGGCAGAGAGAUAAGGGAGGCCCCUCCCCCCUCCCAGAGGCCAGGGCCCCGUGGGUGGGGGGAGAGGACAUCUCCACGGGCCCCCAUACCCCUCCUGCACCCCGUCGUUCCC